AUGACAGAUAAUGGAAAACAGUUCGUAAGUAAUCACUGGAAACAAUCAAUGAGUGAAUUAAAUAUAAAGCCAAUAUAUACCACAGUUAGAAAUCCUAGACCAAAUACAACAGAGCGAGUAAAUAAAGAGUUGAGCAGAUUAUUUAGGACGCUUUGUCAUACUAACCACAAAGAUUGGGCGUUAAUAUUGCCGAAAUUAGAAGAAUUGUAUAAUAAUUCUUAUCACAAUAGUACAGGCUUCACGCCUUGUGAGAUUCUUUAUGGUGAGUCUAAUGAGAUGUCUUUUGACAAAGUACUUUCCAAAAGUAAAGACAAACAUAAUGUCGAACAAAUUAGACAACAAGUGCGUAAAAAUUUAAAAGAGGCAAGUCGAAUAAGAAACACAAAAUUUGAUAAGCGAAAUAGAUUAAUAAAAUAUAAUAUUGGUGACUUAGUAAAAAUUUCAAGAUCUAGUAGAUCAGACGCUGAUAAUAAAGUUAUGAGUAAGUUCAAUUUAGCAUAUGAAGGACCUUAUGUAAUAGCAGCCGUACCAUUUGACAAUGUAUAUACCUUAACAAAUCCAGAGACAAACGAAAUUAGAGGAAUUUUCAAUGCUAUUCACUUAUUAAAAUAUUUUAAAUAA